CACCUAUCAACUUCCGGUGUAAACAGUGACACAUUUUAAAGGAAAAUCACCAAUAUUAACUCAACUGGGUUUCUUGGUGCCAUCACUUCAGUCGGGUGAUUUGCUGGACAUUCUGGUUGAUCCAUGACUGAUUGAAACUUAGGCCCCUCUGACAACAUGGGAGCUUGUCUUCAAAUACAUUCUUGCCGAAUUUCUUGAAGAAUUUCCAGAGUGAUGUCGUCAGAUGAGGAUGAGAUACCUGACCUGGUGCCUGCCACGAGCAAAGUGCCUAUUACCAUCAUAACUGGCUUCCUAGGUGCUGGAAAGACAACUCUCCUGAACUACGUUCUUACAGAGCAGCAUGGCAAACGAAUUGCUGUCAUCAUGAAUGAGUUCGGAGAUGGAGACUCAGUGGAGAAGUCUAUGUCGGUGGGAAGCGAGGGGGAGAGGUAUGAGGAGUGGCUGGAACUGCGUAAUGGCUGCCUCUGUUGCUCCGUCAAGGACAAUGGUGUGAAGGCCAUAGAGAACCUGAUGACGAAGAAGGGCAGGUUUGAUUACAUUCUGCUGGAGACCACCGGCCUUGCUGACCCAGGUCCUAUAGCCUCCAUUUUCUGGCUGGAUGAAGAACUGUGCAGCGAUCUCUACCUCGAUGGCAUUAUCACAAUGAUUGAUGCCAAAUACUGCUGGAAAUAUCUUGGAGAAAAGAAAGAAGAUGGGUCAGUUAAUGAAUGCACAAGGCAGAUAGCCCUUGCUGACGUAAUAAUAAUUAACAAAACAGACUUGGUCAGUCAGGAUGACCUUCAGGAACUCAAAUCUAAUAUCAGGUCAAUAAAUACUUUUGCCAGGGUUCAGGACACUACACAGGCAAGAACGAAUCUUGAUGUCAUUUUGGACCUGAAUGCCUAUGGUGACCUCAGUCCAGAAAGCCUGGAGGAGACAUUUAGAGACAGAGGUUUCAACACUACAGAUACCCACAACAUUGACAAGUCUGUGACAACCUUGACCUUGGAAGAGGAAGGUCGGGUGGACAAGGAAGCCCUUGAUGUGUUCCUACAGACCCUUCUAUGGGAGAAGUCUAUGUUCAACUCUAGUAACCAGCCCAUACAGCUCUACAGACUGAAGGGUGUUGUAUGUACGUCAGAGAGUGAACCCCGUGUUGUUAUCCAGGCAGUGCAUGAACUCUAUGACUCCCACCCAACCACGCCCUGGGGGUCGGGGGAAAGGAGGAUCAAUAUUCUAGUUUUUAUAGGCAAGAAUCUGGACAGGGAAGUGCUUGAGAAGGGCUUUAAAAACUGCCUUAUAGACCAUACCUGAUGUUUGUUAUCAUUAGCGCUAUGUUAGAAUUUUACUAUUAUUUACUGCAUACUUUGUGUCCUUCAUAAACUCUUCUACUCAAUCAGAAGUCUUUAUUAUUUCUUUCAUUGUAAAUCCUUUAAAGUAAUCGAGAUCAUUAAAAGACAAUGACCAAGUACAUAAUCUUAAUGACUGUAUACUUUGUAUUUUGAUUCUACUCUCAAAGCAGAAACCUUGAAGCUUAUUCCAAAUAUAGCGGGCAUUAAUGUUCUUAUAUAAAAUGGUCUAAAUGAUUUCAAAGAAUCUUAAAGAAAUUUUUUAAAAAUGAAGCAUAACCCACCCAAUCAUCGCCAAUGUUUUCUGAUGAUCCUAUGAUGAAGCAUGUCUUUUAAACUCUGUUAGGCCUCAUCGACACUUGGUCUCUUCUAGUGAUGGUGAUUGUCCAAGAAAUGGACAACGCUACAUAGUACAUACUACAAAACACUACAAUGUGAAUUUCAAUAUACAUGUAUUUAUACAUUCUAAUUAAAAUUUGUAUUUUUAUUGAUAAUAAAUUAUGUUUAUGUUUUAAAAUAACUUAAAAGUUCUUAGUUGUUCUUAGAUGCUCUUUUGGCAAGACCCUUUUUAAGAUGAGGUAUAGGGCUAAAAUCUUAUCAAAAGGGAACGCACAUUUUUUGAAAUAUGAUAAUCCCAACGGACCAUGUUUGGUUCGUUAUAAGCUAUAGAUGCCUCCGGAAAUAUUUACUCAGUCUCUUGUACUUGAUACUUCGACAAACAAUUAAUUAAUAUAACAAUACUGCCAGUUUUAAACAUUUUAAUAGGCAUUUGUACAUGUCACAUAGAGAAAGUGAAUACGUUGCCGUACUUUCCAUGAAGCCUGAAAUAAUAAUGCACCAGU